CGUACUCGCUCAGUUGGAUAAGUCGGUGAUUUAGCGAAACAGCACAAAUUCAGUCAAUUUUAAUUUAGAGUGUAGAUAUUUAUAACACGUAAAUUCACUUGAAGAUCACAAGGCAGAUGCGUUAUUUUAAGAAACAGAACGUUUAUCAUUGCAGCCGUUUGAACUCAGUACCAACAAAGCACACAAUCAGGCACACAACAGCAUAAUACCAACGGUGACUAGUUAUAUUUGACAUAAAAGAGAAAUACUGAGUACUCGUUUCUUAAAAUGUACACGCUCACGCGAGUUCAGCUCAAAUAUAAGCAAGAGUUGAAUUAAAUUGUUUAGACGCUACUCUUUCAUUUCACUUCAAGUUGUGAUGUCGAUUAGAGCACACCAAGUGUUAGUUGAAGACUCACAAUGUGGCACCAAACAAUUACUUUUUCCAGUUCGCAUUGUUUAAAGCUGCUAAUAAUACUGCAAGUAUUUAUACUGUCGAAUACUAGUGAUAACAACAAAAUUACUUUCCCUUGUCAUGCACCAAAUGGUUCUCCGGGAGUUUGUCUAUAUUAUAAUGAAUGUGCUAAUCUAACAGAUUGGAGAAUACAAAAUAAUAUACAUGAUGCAGAUGACGUUAAAAAAAUGCUUUGCGGAAAUGAUGAAAUACACCUUUGCUGUAAUCGAACCAAUUACUACUUUCCUGACACCAAUUAUAUAACACAAUUAAAUCCUAAAGGCUUGGAAAUACUCAACGCAGUAGAAUGUAAUCGACUAUCAGGGGAUCGUGUAUCCAAUGGGAAAGCAGCAACGCUAGGCCAAUAUCCAUUUAUGGCAUUAUUGAAAUAUAACAGGGACGGUGGUCAAUUCUUAUGCGGUGGUACAUUGAUAACAUCCUUAUUCGUGCUGACGGCUGCACAUUGUAUAACACAGGACUUAUCUAGUGUACGCCUGGGGGAACAUGAUACUUCAACAGAUGUGGACUGUGUUGGUUCGAUACGCCUAUGUCUGCCGAAAACGGAGGAAUACGAAAUCGCACAAAUCUUCAGGCAUCCGUAUUAUUCGCUUCGACGACUUACACAUGAUGUGGCUUUGCUAAAAUUGAAAACUGAGGUCAUAACUCAAGUGCAUAUUAAACCCAUUUGUCUACCCAUUUCGCAGCUCGUCUAUGACCACAGCAAUACAAUACGACAUUAUGACAUUGCCGGCUGGGGACGUACCGAAAGUAAUGAAAAAAGUAAUGUUUUGCAACAUGCCAAAAUUCGGCAUCGAGCACGUGAAGAUUGUCAGAAGGUUUUCUCCCCACGCGGCGUAAACAUUACUCUUGAUCAUAUUUGCGCUGGCGGUGAAAAUGAAAUCGAUACAUGUAAAGGUGAUUCGGGUGGCCCGCUAUUUGCAACCGUACCCUUUAAGUUAUUCAACAACUUAAUAAUCAGACGUCAAGUACAAUUCGGUAUUGUUUCCUUCGGCAUAACCGGUUGUGGUGGUAAAAAUGUGAGUUCCGCGGCGUAUUCAAAUUUAAUGAAAUACAUGCCUUGGCUCACUGAAAUCAUAGGCAACAAUACAUGAGUAUUUAUAUAUACAUAAGUAACUGAUAUGAAAAUGUAUUUAAAAAUAUUUAAAUUUUAAAAUAAUAUAAAGAAACAUACAACAAUA